AGGGAAGAAGAGAGGAGAGAGAGAUGGGAGAUCAGCAGAGUGUGGUGGAGAAGAUAAGCAAUGGGUUGGGGAAGGUGAAGCCGUACCUGGCAAUGGUGUCGCUUCAGUUUGGGUACGCAGGCAUGUAUAUCAUCACCAUGGUCUCCUUCAACCAUGGCUUGAGCCACUGGAUUCUCUCUGUCUACCGUCACGUUGUUGCCACUCUCGUCAUCGCUCCUUUCGCCUUUUUCCUCGAAAGAAAAACGAGGCCCAGGAUGACUCUUCCCAUAUUCUUCAGGAUACUGGUGCUUGGUUUCCUUGAGCCAGUCCUUGAUCAGAACCUGUACAACAUGGGGAUGAAGAACACCUCAACAACGUUUGCUUCGGCCACUAUCAAUGUCCUUCCGGCCAUUACUUUCAUAAUGGCACUCAUUUUCAGGUUAGAGAAGUUGAACUUACGAAAAAUACCCAGCAUAGCGAAGGUAAUUGGCACAGUGAUCACAGUGUCAGGAGCCAUGGUUAUGACUUUGUACAAAGGUUCAGCACUUCACAUCAUGAAGGGAUCAACAGCAUCGAGCCAUCAAGAGAGUUCCACCUCCUCGCCCUCUGAACAGCACUGGUUGCUUGGAACUCUAAUGCUCAUAGCUAGUUGUGGUGGCUGGGCUAGCUUCUUCAUCGUGCAAUCAUUCACGUUGAAGAAGUACCCAGCAGAGCUGUCCCUCACCGCUUGGAUUUGCUUGGCUGGUAUCUUUGAGAGCGCAAUCGCUUCCUUAAUCAUGGAACGAGACAUGAAAGUGUGGGCUUUAGCCUGGGAUUCCAGGCUACUGGCUUGUGUUUAUUCUGGGAUUGUUUGCUCUGGAAUGGCAUACUAUAUCCAGGGAUUCGUGACCAGAGAACGCGGGCCCGUUUUUGUGACUUCCUUCAGCCCUCUGUGCAUGAUUAUCACCGCUGCUUUGGGUACCAUGAUUUUAUCUGAGCAAAUUUACGUCGGAAGUAUAGUUGGCGCCAUUCUCAUUGUCAUGGGGCUUUACACUGUGGUAUGGGGGAAAAGCAAAGACCCUCUGAACACAACACAAACAGAAACAGGCGACGGCCAUGAAUUGCCAAUUAAAGGCAGCGCAAAGUCUGGAAUGCCAGACGGUUUUGAGAGCAUCGAGGUGAGUGUUCCACCUGAUAUGAUGAAGGGUUCGGGGAUGAAAGUCCCGCCGGCAGCAAAAUCUUGAAGUAUGUCCUUCAGGAAUUAUAACUAUGGUCAAAAAUUUUCCCAGUAAAGAGUGGUCAGGAAGAAUUCUUGCAGUGCAGUACGAAUCUUUCUUCAUGCCCUCCUAACCUGUACCUUUUAGUUUCCUGUUUUCCUUGAACUUUUUUGGAUGUUUCUGAAGUUAAGAAUAUAAGUAGAAUAAUGCAGCAGAGCAUUUGUCUCUGUUUUUGUUGAA